AUGGCUGCCAGUAAUGAUGUUCGGGGUUGGAUCAUGAGCGGUGUCUCCGGCGUCGCCUGUGUCUUGGGGUCCGCUGUCAUAUGUGUUGACGUUCUACUCCGCCAUUUCUCGAGAGGUAAAGGCUUCCAGAUCGUGAAUAAUAAUGCCUUUUUGUCAGCUUCGUUGUGCCUCAGUGCGGGUGUUAUGCUCUUCACUUCUCUCUAUAGCAUGCUGCCUACCUCCCAAGAGUACCUCACCCGUGCUGGAUGGUCUCCCGCUGCCGCUGCUUACUCCCUGAUCGGUCUCUUCUUGGCCGGCGUCAUUGUUAUUCGUUUCCUAUCUGCGCUUCUUCAUCGUUACAUUCCCUCCCAUGUCGUCGGCUGUGCUCAUAGUCAUGAACCGGAUGCAAACUCUGCCGACCCGGAGCGCGGACACGGUCACCACCAUGCUCAUCACUCAGAAGAUCAUCAUGGUUGGACCGAGCGGACUCCUUUGCUGACGCGGGCGAGCAAAUCCAGUCCUGCGGUGCCACACGUGGGAUCUGAAGAUCCCCACUCUGCUUUUUUUCCGGCCGGAACUUGGCGCGUACGUUUGGGCCGACGUCUAAGUCGUAUGGUGGGCAUCAAAACGCACUGCGACAAGAACGGUCCCUGUUAUGGCUUUUCGCAGAAAUGUGGUGCCGAAUGCUCCAAGACUCUAACUGCCCCUGAGGUCUCUGUCGCGGAUGACACUGGCGUCCACGCCAUUCCUGUGUGUGUGGACAUUGACCAGGUGGAUGUUCCAGAAGAAGACUUGUCUACCUUCAACCACACACAUCACAAAUCUGGAGACUCAUCUUCCUCUACCCCUCGUAACGAACUAUCUGAAUACCUGCCCCCAUCUGCGGGAGAUGCGGAUGGCACGUCCAAAACGCAAGUACCUGGAAGCCAGCAUCACCACCAUGUGCCGCAAAAUGCUUUCCUGUCUAUCGGUCUACAGACCUCGAUAGCGAUCGCUCUUCACAAAUUGCCUGAGGGCUUCAUCACUUAUGCUACCAACCAUGCUAACCCAAAACUUGGUCUGACCGUUUUUCUUGCCCUUUUCAUCCACAAUAUCAGCGAAGGCUUCGCCAUGGCAUUGCCUCUUUAUCUCGCCCUUCAAUCACGCGGCAAAGCGAUUUUCUGGUCCAGCCUUCUGGGCGGUGUCAGCCAACCGGCCGGUGCAGGCCUCGCGGUCCUUUGGAUCUGGGGUACCGGACGAACCGGUAGCCCCGAGGGCGAUGCCGACUCGUCCUGGGCCGUGUACGGAGGCAUGUUCGCCGCUACGGCAGGGGUCAUGACCUCCGUGGCCCUGCAGUUGUUCAGCGAAGGUUUGGGACUGACUCACAACCGGGGAAUUUCAAUCGGCUUUGCCAUCGCGGGAAUGGGUAUAAUGGGCCUCAGCUUUGCCCUGACAGCAUAA